UGAGCAACUAUCGCCCUUCCCUGAUUCCCCUUGUCAAUGUCGCUGGCAAAGAAAUAAAUAAAUAUCAACAAAAUACAGAAUGAGCGCGGAUGCGAGAAUCAAGCAGAUGGCGCCAUCGCUGGACACCAGCGAACGGAAGCGGGAGCACCAGGACGUGGAUGCCACCAACUCGAACUCGGAGCCCAGUGCCAGCGAUUGGGUGAACUUCUCGCAGUGGAUGCACUGCUUCUGCGUGGUCACCUUCGAUCUGAAUCUUGGCCAGGCGCUGGAGCACGUCUAUCCGCCGGCGUUCAUGCCCAGCGACCAGGAGGUCAGCAACAUUUGCUACAUGGCCUUCCCGGACUCAAAUUCCGGCUGCAUGGGCGACACCAAGUUCCAUAUGCGAUUGCGCUGCACAACGCGUCGGGACUCGUUGCCGGGCUACAAUGCGGAAUGCUCGCCGGCGCUGCGACAGGAUGGCUCCCACUACUGGGGCUUCGUCUACUUUCGCCAGAAACGGGACCCAAAUCUGCCGCGUGGUUACUUCCAGAAGAGCUUUAUCAUCAUCACACGACUGCCGUUCUUCAAUCUGUACUACGACAUACUCUCCCAGCUGGCGCCGCGCUACUUUGAGGAGGGCACCGAUAUCCUGCGGCUGGCCAGCGAGCAAAUCAAUCGCCAGUGGCCCGGCCUGCGGAUGGGCAUGCCGCUCCAGCUGCCGCUGCUGGAUUGCAGCUAUCAGAUCUGCAUACCGCGGACCAGCAGCAGUCGGAAGUCGACGGUCGAUGGAGGUAUCGGUGGUAGUGCGGGGGAGUCGCCACCAGUCAUGGCUGCUUGCCCGUCAGCCAAAGUGCUGGCCUCCGUUAACGAAAUCGAGCUCUUCCGCUCCCUGGACUUUGUCAUGGAGCAGCUGUACACGCUGUGGGAGCUGGUCAUCACCGCCGAGCCGAUUGUUGUCGUUGGCACCUCACCCGCCGACUGCUCACACAUGGUGCAGACCCUUCUGGCCAUGAUUGCGCCGCUAGAGUAUUGCGCCGAGGCGCGUCCCUACUUCACCAUUCACGACAGCGAGUUCCGCGAGUUUACACAGGAGUGCAGCAGCAAGACCACACUGCCCGCCUGCAUUCUGGGCGUCACGAAUCCGUUCUUUGUGAAGCUGCUCAAAGAUUGGCCGCACAUGCUUCGACUGGUGGACAACCAGAAGAACAUGCAGCAGCAACAGCAUCUGCUGCUGGGCCAAAAACACGCAAGGAACAUCGCCUCGGCCACAUCCUUCUCCAGUUCAACGGAACUCGGUGGCCGUAUAGCACUGAAAUCGAACGCCAAUCUCAACGGCAGCUCCAGCUCCAGCAAUGGCUCGGGCGACGCCUCGUCCGCUGGGCUGCACAGCAAAUACAGGCCGUACCUGAAGAAGGACAAGGCGCUGAUCAAGAAGGUGCUGCUGGGCAUGAAGACCAAGCGGCCGGAGCAUGUGCAAACCGCACUGAUACGACGCCACCUGCUCGAGCUGACGCAGAGCUUUAUGAUACCACUGGAGCGGUAUAUGGCAUCGCUGAUGCCGCUGCAGAAGGACAUCAGUCCGUUCAAGUCGGCGCCGAAUGCCAGCAGCUUCAAGCUGGACGACUUUCUGGCCACGCUGGAAACGGCUGGGCCGCAGCUAACGUCGCCGCUGAAGGGCGACUGGAAGGGCCUGUACAGACGCUUCUUUCGUUCGCCAAAUUUUCGCGGCUGGUACGGUGCGCGGCAUCGGGAGCUGCAGCUAACGCUGCAGGAUCUGCAGCUGCAGGCGCUAUCGGUGGCGAAUCUCGAGCACUGGGCGCACGACAAGCAGGAGGUGGAGAUCAUCGACAUGAUACUCAAGCUCAAGCAGAAACUGAAUCUCUAUGGCGACAAGGCCACGCAGCUGGAGGGCAACAAUGGCUCAACUCAGCAGCAGAUACGCGCCCAGAUCGAGUGCAUGAAGGGCUUGCUGCCGCCGGAUCUCAAGAAUGUGGUGAAUCUUUGAUGGUAGUAGCUCAAUCCUGGUACGCCUCCUCCUCUGCCCCUUAUCACUUCGGCUGCUCCACAUCUGUCUGCUAGUAUCCUGUGAUUCUGUGCCUGGCGGUGCUCUUUAUCAGUGUAAAUAGGUUUUAAUUGGCGAUUAGUCGCCGCAUUCGUGUCUAGCUUAAUUCUAAAGUAAUCCCAAGCGAAGCGAUGUGAGUGCAAGAACCAUGAAUGUUAGUCCAAACUCCAAGUCAAGUAUUAAAUGUAAUCGAUGUGUCCCUUCCAUUUUUCACAUCCUUGCGAACUCAAUGCUCAUGUCUCAAAAUGUGGAAGAACUGGGCUGCAGCUUGAAACCACUGACCAUGUUGCAGCUCCUCCUCCUCCCCAGCUUACUGACUGUGAAUGUGAUUGAUUGCAAGCCAGUUGGUUCCGCCCUCAGUUUGUUUCUUUUAAAACCGUUGUGCAACUUUGUGUGUAUAUCGCUUAAAUUGUUUAUGUCUCCGAUUGUCAAAUAUAAGUUAACUAUAAUACAUUAUA